AUGUCGUUGCCAUCGGAAGCACCGCGCAGGCAUGUGCGUGUGGCCAUUGUCGGAUCGGGCCUUACGGGGCUCGUAGCCACCUACCUGCUCACGGCGUCGCAACCGCACGCGCCCGAUGCACCGCGCAUCAGCGUCGACAUCUUUGAGCGCGCACCCACGCUCGGCAUGGACAGCGCGAGCAUCACCGUGCCAUUAUCCCCAGCCUCCCCACAGCAGCCCGAAGCUGCACCGCCGCGCCUGGUGAAACGCGCCAGGCUGGACGCAAAGUCCGACAAGGCAACGGAUGUGGCGACUUGGAUGCGCAUCGAUGUACCCAUGCGGGCAUUCACCGGUGGAUACUAUCCGCAGCUGCUCGCGCUGUAUCGCCAUCUGGGCAUCCGCGCGCGCAAAACCAACUUCACCUACAGCUUUGCGAGGAUCGCCGAAGCAAGCGCGGUGAAGGCGGAAAGGAAGGCGCCCGAGCCGAGGCUGCUGUAUAACGGCGCCAACGGCGUGCGCGGUAUCAGCCUCCCGCACAACCUCAUGCGGCUGCGCAAGCAAGGGGAGCAAGGAUACGUGAGGCUGUCGGCGGUGCUCGAGUGCGUGCGUAGGUGCCGCGUCUACUUUGGCUCGCUCGUCGUGGUGGUGCUGGGCUAUGUGCAGCUGCUCAUCAUCGCGCUGUGGCAUAGUACGCUUGGGCAUACGGCGGAUGCGCAUCAUCCGCUGCGAACGCACACGCUGCGCGACCUCGUGCGCGAUCCGUUCCCCGCGCGACCCGCACGGGGCUCGUCCAAGCUGCGGUGGGGUGCAGAGCGGAUGGCGGAGAUGGUGCUGCGAAGGGUGGCGGGGUUGGACGAGCGGUUUGUAGAGCAGACGCUUGCGCCGCUCUUCAGCGCAGUCAUGACGUGCUCGCUCGACGCAGUGUGGGCGUCGCCCGCGACGGAGGUGCUCGAUUACGUCGCACUCACCCUCGGCAGGGAUCAUUUUGUUGUGCAAGACGGUGUGCGCACGGUGGUCCGCGCGCUGCUGGUCCACGUCACGCCGGGCGAGGACGAAAGUAGGGUUUGGACGCGCGCACAGGUGUGUCGAGUGCACCACCGCCACGGCCGGGCGUGGCUGAGCGUCAUGCACCAUGCCGAGGGCACACAGAUGUCGCGCGAGCCGUCGAACAGCAGCGCAUCGACUGGGACGGAUACGACGUGCAUCGACGACGCGAGGGAACAUGGACCGUUUGACCACGUCAUCUUUGCGACGCAGGCGAACCAGACCGCACGAUUCCUCGAGGCGUAUGCAGCUUCGCUGGGCGACGUUGCGGAAAGACGGCGGGUGCGCGAGGUGGUGGAGGCGCUGAGGACGGUGCGGUACGAACGCAGUGUGGUGGUCAACCAUACGGAUCGCACGUUGCUGCCCGUGAACAGGCGCGACUGGCGAGACCUCAACCUCGUCUCGCCCGCUCCGGCGCCAUCGGGCGAGAUGGGUCUGGGUCGGAGAGCAAGUGCGGGUUCGGACUGGACGGAUUCGAGUUCGGACAGCAGCGAUACGGAGGCGGGGCAGGAGGGGCAUACGAUGGCGACGCAUGUACUGCGUGUACCCAGCUAUGCGCGCGUGGUCAUGCAGACCACCAAUCCGCACCGCUCCCUCGAACCGAGCGAAGAUAGCGUGCUGUCGAGAGCGGCGUUUGAACGUGCGGUGCUCGAUGUGCGUGCGCACGUGGCGAGGCAGAAACUCUUCACGCGCACCAUCCGCCACACCAGCAAUGCAGAUGCGGUGCAGACGGCGGGUGGCACCCAGCUGCAGCUCGGACCGCUCCAGCCGGUGCGUGCGGCCACCGAGCAUGCCCAGGUGUGGGUCGCCGGUUCGUGGGCCUCGGGCAUUCCACUGCUCGAGGGAUGCGUCGUCUCGGCCACGCUCGUUGCCAAGUCCAUCGUAAGCGCCGAAGGAGCUUCCCUCCCAUCCUCCGCAACAUGGUAG